GUAAUAUUUUUUUUGUAUUUAAGCAGGAAAGAGAUUAAACUAUCAUAUCUUUCACACGGAUUGUUUGUACUUAAACGGAAGCAGUUACCAUGGGAACAUAUCAAUGACAGCCUCAGGUAUUCCAUGUCAGUCAUGGACAGAACAAUGUCCUCAUCGUCAUACCAUGAACACCAUGUAUCCAGAAUUAAACAACGCGAAGAAUUACUGUCGCAAUCCCAAAAACUCGGGACAGCGACCUUGGUGUUUUACUACAGAUAGGAACAAGAGAUGGGAGUACUGUGAUAUCCCUAAAUGUACACCAGUUCAUGGUAAUUAUGGCAACUGGUCAUUGAGCAGUCCGUGUAAUGUAACUUGUGGUGAAGGUUUUGAAACAUGGACACGAAAUUGCAACAAUCCUGAGCCAAAGUUUGAUGGAACAAACUGUAGUCAUCUAGGAGAGGCUAUUGAGCACAGACCAUGUCAGACAACACCAUGUCCUGUUGAUGGUGGUUAUAGCAACUGGAGUUUGAAUUCUCCUUGCAAUGUUUCGUGUGGUAAUGGAACUGAAAUAUGGCGACGUACUUGCAAUAAUCCAGAACCAAAAUACGGAGGCAGUAACUGCAGUGAACUGGGGAAGUCAAUGAGGUUAACGAAGUGCGCCAAAAAACCAUGUCCAGUUGAUGGUAACUAUGGCAACUGGACAAAAUUGUCGCCAUGAAGUGCUACGUGUGGUCAGGGUGUUGAAAUCUGGAUUCGAUCCUGUGAUAACCCCCCGGGAAAAUAUGGUGGAAACUGCAGUAAGCAGGGAACGGAUCAUGAAAAUCGACUGUGCGCAAAGAAAGCUUGCCAGGUUGUUUCCCACACCAAGACGAUUAGUUUCAUCGUUGCUGCCACAUUUGUGAUUGUCGUCGUAAUCCUAAGCUAUCUUUACAUUCGUCGCAAACGACGUGGAAAAAGAGGAAUUCCGUUUUACGCUAUUGUGAAAUUUUCUUCUCAACAAAUCCUUGGUCAACAUCAGCCUCGCGAAAACGGCGAACUACUUCCCUGUAUAAGUCUUGUUCCUUCUAAUGAAAGGGCGAGUACGUCACAAGAGACUGGUACUGGUGUUGUUUAUCAAAACUUGACAACAGAUGGAGACCCGAUUCCAGGCCACAUACGUGGUGUUAUAAACCACGAAGGAGAUUACGUCAAUACAGGGUUAUCGCAAAGCUCAUGGUAUGAUAGACUUCAGUUUUUCCGACCAUUAGCUAUUGGUUGGCUAAGAAAUGCGUGGGGGAAUGUUGAUGAGGAUGGUCACCAUGUUUAUGAUGGUAUGCAACGUGUCAGACAAAUUUUUGUUCCGUACGACAAGUUGGAGAAUACUGCGCAGGAAGACUCGGCCAAAAGAAUGGAGACAAAUGAUUCAACUUAUGAUACACCUGAAAGACCUCCAGUGGUUAUAGCUCAGUGUCAAGGGAAGACUUCUUCAACGACUGAAA